UUGCCCACUACUUUCCAUGUAAUUGCGCGAAUAUUGAAGCUAUCAACUAUAAGCAUUAUACCGGAACGAAGUGGUGUUGAUUCAUGCAUGGUGCUUUCUCAUCUCUUAUUUGAUCCUAAAUAUUAUUAAGCCAAACUACACGCCUGAUACUUUUAAACGCAUACUGGUCUGCCGUUGGAAUUUGUCCAUUCCUUAGCUGCUGAUAAACAAGACCAUAAAAUGAGGUUUAGUAGUUUUAGUUAAACUGACAAGAACAAAUGAUUGACAUCACUAUUCCUUCUCAGUUUCAGUGCGCUUGCAGAAGAUGUUCGAAAGCUGGUUUCGGAACUGUUAUUGGAAUAAUUAGAAUGGAUUUCAAAGGAGCAAGAUGUUUAAUAUCAGGCGUUUAAUGUCAUUAUCACUGGCAAAUAUGAAUUUUUAAAAUUUUACUAACUGAACAAAUUGCCCACGUUAUCGAAAAACUCGAUUAAAAUACGUAACUAUAGUUGACAUUUAAAAAAUUAAUUUUGAGUUUGGAAAUGAGUAGUUCUUCUCUUCCCUUUUCGUCAUUUAAAAAAGACAAAAUUUUCAUAAUUUAAUUAAAAUUAAAUAAAAAAUUCAUACAAUUUCCUCAAUAUGUUUAACGGGUUUUGUAGUGCUCUUAGAACAACAAUUCUGAAUGUGCUUUUGCCUCGACGCAAUGCAUUCCUGUACAUGAUACGUCGCAAUAGGAACUUUGCCAAUCUUGAUUCCCCCUUGAGAAAGAUUGUGGCAGCUUGCCCACCUUCGACUCUCCUCGCCAGGAAUUGCACGCAUUUGUUAGCGCCACUCGCAUUCGUUAAUCAGAAUUUGUCAUCGCUCACGCUACAACUGCGAAACCUUCAUAAUGACAUGAAGGUACCGGAUUUCUCAGACUAUCGUCGGCAAACGGAAAACCCGGAUGACCCAAGAGAUAAUUGUGCUGAACAGCGAAAAACUUUUUCAUAUGCCAUCGUUGCGGCCGGCGCCAUUGGCAGUUGCUAUGCAGCCAAAGGUUUGGUACACGCCUUCGUCCGCUCAAUGAGCGCAACCGCCGAUGUACUGGCUAUGGCCAAGAUUGAGAUCAAAUUGAAAGACAUACCCGAGGGCAAGUCAGUGACAUUCAAAUGGCGUGGUAAACCGUUAUUCAUACGACAUCGCACGGAAGCUGAAAUCGAAGGUGUGCGUUCAGUAAAUAUAUCGACUUUACGCGACCCAGAAUCGGAUGAUAAACGUGUCAAGGAUCCGCGUUGGCUGGUGGUAAUCGGUGUCUGCACACAUUUGGGUUGUGUGCCAAUUGCCAAUGCUGGUGAUUUCGGCGGUUACUACUGCCCAUGUCAUGGUUCGCAUUUCGAUGCGUCGGGACGUGUACGUAAGGGACCUGCCCCACUCAAUUUGGCAGUACCCAAUUAUGAAUUUCCCGAUGAAGAAACAUUGCUGGUAGGUUGAUGCGCAAAAACGUGGGAUAUGGGGAAAAUCAGAAAUAGAAUUGAAAACGCAACAUAUGAAUGAAACUAAAAUGAAUAUAAUUAUAUGGAAUUGAAUACUCAAUAAAAUGGUAGAGAAGCACCCAUUUGCUUUUAUUUCAUCUAAGGAUAUACAUACUUAUAUUGUAUAUAGUAUGUAUGUCAUAUUAUUGACUCUUUACUAUUGUGUCAAGAUGGAUGUUUGACUCGAAGUUAAGGAAUGUAUAUUAAAUUCCGUGGGUUCAUAUAAUGUUUAAUUUCAUACUCGACACUUAAAAAGUGUAAAAGGUUUGAGAAUACUUCUGCCCACUUUCGAAACGUAAAUCGAUAUUUUGGAAUUUUUUUCAUAACUGAAUAGUUAUACUUUCGGCGGUUUUUCAGGUUUUUAUUCAUUUGAGAGAUUAUAACGUAUAAAAAGAGGACUGAAGCGAAUUUCCCAAACCUACCGUUAGGAGACUCCCAUGACACGCGUUGCCACUCAAACAACUACAGGUUUGAACCUAUUCGAUCGGUUUUAACUGCCUUCAUUUCUGUUUUUAAUGAAGCCGUGAUGUUCUGGAAGGGAUUGGAUCAAAUAUGAAAGGAUUUCAGAUGUGUAGCUUUUUAGGCAGUAUGCAAAGAGGUGGUAAGUUUCAAGUGGGGAUUCAUCACAUAUGAAAACACGUAUACUCUUAUACUGGAAUAAAUAAUCACUACAAUAUUAACAACAAAUUUAAAUAAAAAAUGGUAAUUAUAAAUAACAAAAUUUUGACUUCGACUUUGGUCGACUUAAUCAGCAAAGCACAGCCACUUUUGGGCAAAAAUAUAUUUUGCUCAAAAAUAUUAUUUUAAAUUAAAAUCUUAUUUUGUUAUACCACAUUUUUUAUAAGAUAUUCUGUUUAUACGUUUAUUAAAAAAUUUUAUUUUAAUUUAUGUAUAUAAUUAAAAGUAUUUUUGAAGACUUGAUUUCAAAAAAGCUUACGCGUAAAUAUUUUGUUUUAAUUUUGUGUAUGUAAAAUAUAUUUAAACCUUCGCACUGGU